AUGUACACACUGAGUGACCGUUUUCUUCUCCGAUAUAACCAGGGCGUGCAAUAUAAGAAGAUUGAUGCUGAAGGGAAUCUACACAUCUCAAGCAAAGCUGGAGAUCAGAUUCUAGAGGUAGAUAACAUCAUCAUCUGCGCGGGACAGGAGCCCAAUAGGGACUUAGCCAAGCUGCUCAAAGAUGCGGGUAUGCAGGUGUAUUGUAUUGGGGGAGCAGACGUGGCAACGGAACUGGAUGCCAAGCGGGCGAUUGACCAGGCUACGAGGUUAGCUGCUGACAUUGAAAACAUUAGCCCUGGCGAAGAUCAAUACGAACCGCAAUCGACGCUGUCAAGUAAGCUCUUUGAGAAGUUUGCCGUGGCGGCGUAA